UACUCUCAAUGUCUGACGUUAAUAACAACUCCAUGGGACCAGUUCUCCCAGCCGAUGACGAAGCCCGCGCCGUCUUCCACGAGAUCAAGGAAGUUGUGGUCGAUAAGCUCCAUGAGCUUAACCAUGAAGAUAACGUACAUGGUCUUCAUGAGAUGGACCAGUUGAAACGUAUUUCAAGCUUCAAGCUGGUAGAGUAUGCUGUUGAAGAGGUUGCCUAUGGAUUCAACUACUUUGGCAAGAUCGACUUGGGUGAUGAAAAGUUUAUUCACGUCAGAGCCCACAAGUAUCACGAUGGUCGCGUUGAAUUCUACUCUAUCCUUACAACUCCCGAGACUGCGAUCUGGACCCGCGAAGAACCCUUGGUUUUAAGUCAUCGUUAUCAACCUUCAACAUCAACUCAUUCAUCCGGUUCAUCGGCAUCGUCUACUCGACCAGCCCUCCCACAGAUCCUAACUCAUUCGCCAUCGAAUGCCGUUCAUCUCUCUCGAAGCACUGCACGAACUUCACGACGAGUACGGUCUCAUUGGGUUACUCAUUUCACCCAUAGCUGGAGACGAAGCUCACGCACAUCAAAACUAUACCUUGCGUCUUCACUCACAUUGGUCGCGUUACAGGUCAUUGCAUGUGCAGGAGUCCUAGCUUUUUCCUGGAACAUGUAUUGCGAUCGCCCAGUUCGAAUAUUUUUAACUGUACACCUUCUCCGGCUUUCACUCUCCUCUCCGAUUACUAUCUAUCUUCAUUUUGAUCCAAGACAAACACCACAAUGUCCUAGCCAGAUGGAACGCGGGGAAGCAUAUCCGAUGGCAGAACAAGGGUCUUCUACAGGCCAAGUACCUAAUGUACAGAUACCUCCUGAAAUCCUUCCCGAGAAUGGGUUAGGCAGCUGGGUAGAUCGUAUAAAAGGAUCUCUCGAUUUCUUCGCUGUUUUAUGGUUCGUGGUUGGUAAUUACAUGAUCUUCUCCUCUACAACUUGCGUCGAGACCGCAACUCCUCUGUAUUACCUUGCUUUGGCUGUCAUUAUCUACGGAUAUAUUAUCCUUGCCGUGCCGAUUAUUUUGUGUACAUCCGUGAUUUUCUGUCUACCGUGUGUUCUCGGAUUUUGUAUUAAUACAAUCCCAGUUGGUAUGCGACUUUUACAUGUUAGUGAUGGUGUAAAAAUGGGAGGAUCCUCCGUUGAAGAAAUAUCUACAAUUCCGAUAUAUCGGUUCAAGAGCAGUAAAAAACCUACAGUAGUUAGACCACCCAAGCUUCCUGGGCUUCUUCCCGUUCAAACUAUGACCAUUGACCCGGUAUUGGGAGAGAGAAAUUCAAUUCAAGUAAAAUCACCGCCUGGGUGGCUAGACAAGCUGUGGCUAUAUAUUGGUCUCGUCGAAGAACCGCUUUCAAAAGACUCGCCUGAGCAGGUCUAUGACGUACUCGAAAUUCCUGAUGAGAAGGACCAAGUGUGUGCAAUUUGCCUGUCAAUGUAUGAAGAUGGUGAUAUUCUAUGCAAACUGUGGUGUACUCAUCAUUUUCAUAAGGCGUGUGUCUAUGAAUGGCUGGCUCUUAAUUACCGAUGCCCAAUGUGCAAGCAAGAUAGUCGAGGGAAGAAAAGUAGUACUGUGUCAGAAUAG